CUCGCUUACAUUGAAUUGUUCACACCGUUCAGACCACCAGACCGUUCCUCUCAAUUGCGCCAAGUCUCUCGCUCGACACGCCAACUCCGUCGCCAUGCUGCUGUGAUCCACGUCGACCAAAUUGUACGACCAUGUCAUCUGGUACCGAAGAUGGGACAA